AUGGGCCCCUAUACCGCCUCCUCAUGCUGCUGCCAGGCCCCUAAUCUGCCAUGGGCCCCCGUACCGACUCCUCAUGCUGCUGCCGGGCCCGUAAUCUGUCAUGGGCCCCUGUACCGCCUCCUCAUGCUGCUGCCAGGUCCAGAGUGUGUCAUGGGUCCCUGUACGGCCUCCCAUUGUGCUGUCCUCCAUCGCCACACACUCUGCCAUGUGCCACUUUCUGGUCUCCAUCCACACUGCUGGUGGUUUCCAUUUUUGUCAUAGGGUGCUGUAUGGCCACCCAUUGCUGCUGCCUCCACCGCCCACACUGUGGCUCCACACUCUGGUUUUGGCCCGUGACUGCCCAAAUGAGUGAAGUGUGCGGUGAUUCUAAGAUCGACGGCACUCAUCUGCAUGUCAUAUUGACUGUCAGUAUUAUUUCUCUUCCCCAGCAGACUCCAAGGGCAUUUAAAUUAAAGGUACAGUGUUCUGCACUAAUAUAA